AUGGGUCUCCCACCGCCACCAUCAGCGCCGUCAGCAACGGCUGCUCAACACGACGCAUACGCUCUCGCACCGCUAAUUGAGGAUACUUUCCGCUCUCCACUCAUCACAUUCUACCUCAAUGGCCGGAAAACGGUGCUCAGCAACCCCAAUCCGCGCUGGACUCUCCUCGAUUACAUCCGCGCACAGCCCAACCUCAAAGGCACCAAGCUGGGCUGUGGCGAAGGCGGCUGCGGAGCUUGUACUGUCGUCCUUCAAAUCGGGUCUCUAUCUGGCGGCAAGAAGAAAGUAUCUCAUCUCGCCGUCAAUGCUUGCCUGUUCCCGCUUGUCGGCGUGGAUGGCAAGCAUGUCAUCACCAUCGAAGGGCUGGGGACGGCCGCAGACCCACAUCCACUACAGGAGAGGAUAGCAAAGAUGCACGGAAGCCAGUGCGGCUUUUGCACUCCGGGAAUCGUCAUGAGUCUGUAUGCACUCGUCCGAAAUUCGUACGAUCCAGAGAGGAAGGUCUUCAUGCUGAGCGAACGCGACAUCGAGAUGGAAGGUCAUCUCGACGGGAAUCUGUGUAGAUGCACGGGAUACAAGCCCAUCUUGCAAGCUGCCAAAACAUUCGUGACAGAGGACCUAAAGGGUGCGGUUGAUGAGACUUCUCAAUCAAGCGAGGACGACCUAGAAACCGAAGUCCUCUGGUUCCGGCCAGUCACAGUAGAACAACUACUAGAAGUGAAGAGCGCUUAUGCUCCUGCUAAGCUCGUGGUCGGCUCAAGCGAAGUCCAGGUCGAGAUACGACUUAAGAGCUCAAAGUUCCCAGUAAUGGUAUAUGUCUCAGACAUCGAAGAACUGAAACAAGUCUCGUUGCCAACAACCGAAGCUGCUUGGGAUGCAACAUCUGCAAUUGUGCUGGGAGCCAACACGCCACUGACAGAGGUCGAGAAUAUAUGCAAGGAGGCAUUUCUCCGACUUGGAAAGCGAGGGUUGGUAUUCGAGGCCCUACGAAAACAGCUUCGAUACUUCGCCGGUCGUCAAAUCAGAAAUGUUGCUUCAUUGGCUGGAAACAUUGCAACCGCAUCCCCAAUAUCAGACGCGAAUCCCGUAUUACUUGCGGCUGGAGCCAGUCUCAGCGUUGCGAGGAAGGGGCAGCCGCUGUUGACGCUUCAUAUGAAAGACUUCUUCCUGAGUUAUAGGAAAACCGCGCUGAUAGAAGACGGGAUCAUUGCCCAAAUACGCAUCCCUCUGCCUCCGAUUGCAUCUCGCGAAGUGAUGAAGGCAUACAAGCAGGCGAAGAGAAAGGAUGAUGACAUUGCGAUUGUAACAGCUGGCUUCCGUGUCCGUUUAGAUGUAAAGGGCCUAGUGGAGGAUAUUGCUCUGGCGUUUGGUGGCAUGGCACCCAUCACAAUACCGGCUUUGAAAACACAGCAAGCUCUCAUGGGCAAGAUGUGGGAGGAUCAGUCAACAAUGGAUACAGCACUUGCAUCUCUGCGUUCCGAGAUGAGCCUACCAUUUGGUGUCCCCGGUGGAAUGGCACAGUACAGAAUGUCUCUGGUCUGUUCCUUUUUCAUCCGUUUCUGGCACGAGUCGCUUCACGAGUUCGGUCUCAGGCAAAUUGAUCCAAGCAUUACUGAGAUUCACCGCGAUGUUUCUCACGGCACUAGAGAUAGUUCCAACUUUGUCGAGCAGAGGGUGGUCGGCAAGAAUAUCCCGCAUUUGUCCGCUCUGAAACAGUGCACUGGUGAAGCCGAAUACGUCGAUGAUAUUCCGCGUCAAGAAAGCGAACUUUUCGGGGGUAUAGUAUUUUCGACAAAAGCCCACGCGAAGCUAUUAGACAUUGACUGGAAACCCGCGCUCGAAUUGCCCGGAGUCGUAGGCUAUAUUGACAAGAAUGAUCUGCGGCCUGAACUUAACGUAUGGGGAUCUGUGAGACGGGAUGAGCCAUUCUUCGCCGACGGCAAGGUGGAAUCCCAUGGUCAGGUCAUCGGUAUGGUCUAUGCGGAGACAGCUCUUCAAGCGCAAGCUGCUGCAAAGGCAGUAAAGAUCACAUAUGAAGACCUGCCGGUAAUUGUGACGAUUGAUGAGGCUAUUAAGGCUGGCAGUUUCUUCACUCACGGCCGAGAACUUAGAAAAGGAAAACAUGCUCUUGCAAGCGACAUGGCACCUAUAUUUACCAAAUGCGACAAGAUCUUUGAAGGAACAACGAGAAUUGGUGGCCAAGAGCAGUUUUAUCUCGAGACUAACGCAGCUCUAGCGAUUCCUUCUGGGGAAGAUGGCCAGAUGGAUGUGUGGUCAUCAACUCAAAACACUAUGGAAACUCAAGAGUUUGUGUCCCUCGUUACUGGCGUGAGCAGCAACAAAAUCAACGCCAAGGUUAAGCGGCUCGGCGGAGGCUUCGGAGGUAAAGAGUCCCGCAGCGUACCAAUCGCUUGCUUGUGUGCCAUUGCAGCGAAGAAGGAGCGGAGGCCUGUCCGGGUCAUGUUAAAUCGUGACGAGGAUAUGAUGACUACAGGUCAACGACAUCCUAUUCAAGCUAGAUGGAAAGUGGGCGUCAUGAAUGAUGGGCGAGUCUUAGCCUUGGAUGCCGAUGUCUAUAACAACGCUGGUUUCUCAUACGACAUGAGUGGUGCGGUUAUGGACCGUUGCCUCACACACAUCGAUAACUGCUAUGAAAUCCCCGACGUAUGGGUUCGGGGUCAUCUGUGCAAGACGAACACGCACAGCAAUACAGCUUUCAGAGGCUUCGGAGGGCCGCAGUCGAUGUACCUUUCAGAAUCAAUUAUGUCUGCCAUUGCUGAAGGUAUUGGCAUGGAUAUUGACGAUUUGAGGCUGAAGAAUCUUUAUACGCAGGGCAAUCAGACACCAUUUCUACAAACAAUCGACGAAGAUUGGCAUGUACCAAUCAUGAUGGAGCAGCUGCGGAAGACAGCACGCUAUGAAGAGCGUAAGGCUCAAAUCAAAACUUACAACUCCAAUCCGAAGAAUAAGUGGAAGAGGCGAGGGAUUUGCAUGAUACCCACCAAGUUUGGUUUGAGCUUUGCCACUGCUCUGCAUCUCAAUCAAGCUGGAGCAUAUGUCAAAAUCUAUGCCGAUGGCAGUGUCUUAUUACACCAUGGAGGUACGGAAAUGGGCCAAGGUCUAUACACCAAGAUGUGCCAGGUUGCAGCACAGGAGUUGAAUGUGCCGAUUGAGGAGGUCUACACACAGGACUCACAAUCAUAUCAAAUCGCGAACGCAUCUCCGACCGCUGCCUCCUCUGGCAGUGAUCUUAAUGGAAUGGCUGUAAAGAAUGCAUGCGAUCAACUGAAUGAAAGGUUGGCGCCAUAUCGGAAGCAGCUCGGGCCGGACGCAACGAUGAAAGAUCUGGCUCAUGCCGCAUACCGAGACAGGGUGAACCUAGCUGCCAAUGGAUUCUGGAAGAUGCCCAAGAUUGGGUACACGUGGGGGAACUUCAAGGAUCCGAAGCCAAUGUACUACUAUUUCACACAGGGUGUUGGCGUAAGUGAGGUAGAGCUGGAUCUUCUCACUGGUGAUCACACUGUGUUGCGAACCGAUAUCAUGAUGGAUGUUGGAAAUUCCAUCAACCCGGCCAUUGAUUAUGGUCAAAUUGAAGGUGCCUUCGUUCAAGGUCAAGGACUCUUCACUAUGGAAGAAGCCUUAUGGUUUAGCAAGACAGGAAACCUCGCAACAAUGGGUCCUGGUAAUUACAAAAUUCCCGGCUUCUCCGAUAUCCCACAAGAGUUCAAUGUCAGUAUGCUGCGCCAUGACAUCAACGGGGAGCCCAUAAGCUGGAAGCAUCUACGGUCGAUACAGAGCAGCAAAGGUACCGGCGAGCCACCCCUAUUUCUAGGCAGCACGGUGUUCUUUGCUCUCCGAGAGGCAGUAAAAGCAGCAAGGGAGUCAAACGGGCUGAGCCACUCCGAUGGACGGUUUAGCCUCGAUAGUCCCGCCACGGCGGAAACGUUAAGUCGACGGCUGGACAUUCCCGGUGUUCUAGGGCUGGUGGCCAGACCUUCCACAUACUCCGUGUCUUACAACCUGGGGGAUAAUCCCGCUGUUGUGUCUCAGCUCGGAAAGAGUGUCGAGGCAAGCGUUGCCCUCUAG